AUGGGAAGACAUCAAACCGUUGCUGUGCAGCACCGGACACAGCGUCAGGCCAAAUAUGGAUUCUCUCCCAAUGCGAUCGUAUGGCGGAAGGCGAAAAAACUAUUACCACAUCCAGAUAUUAGCGCCUCCAUAGAACCAGACGAUCCAGAGUGCCCGCCUGGGCCUUACAAAUGCUACGUGGAGGUCGGUGUCGACGCUGUUCGCAAGCGAACUCGAGUCUCUGCCCGCGGGCAGUACGCCUGGAAUGAGGCGUUUGAAUUUUCAGUGAGAGAGGACUGGCCUAUAUGCAUCCACUUGAUAGCAAAACGUGCUUUCUGCAAGGAUGUGCUCCUCGCAUCAUCUGGUGACUAUAUGCAGUUACCUACAUCAACACAAACGAAAGUCGUCUCACAAAUUUUGAGGCAUGUACAUGUACAAGGGCGGAAUGGAGGCCCUUCCAUAUAUCAGGCUAGCGUAACAUUAAAGCUUCAGCUGAUAGACCCGCAUCCUAUCACUGACCCAUCAUCCUCGGUUCAUGCCGAGGAGUCCUUUAUCGAGGACGUUGGUGAGCUCAUUGCGGCACCAAAUCUCUCCAGCGCAGAGCUCGGAGCAUUCAGCGGCAAGGUCUGA